AUGGCCAUCACUAUUUCAACAGCUGAGAUUCUUGCACUGGCACCUUUAAAUUACCAUAAAGGGUGUUCCAGCAAUGUUCAUGACUUGAUUUAUCAAUGCGUCACUAAUUGUAUUAGUGCCAAAAAGUUUCCUUGUGAAGCAAAACAAAUAGCAUCUACAAAACCACACCAAGUUCUACCAACACAUGUGGAGAUUGAUAUGAGUCAACUAAUUGUUGACGAAGAGAGCUUACCAGGAUACAUUGCAAAUACACCCACACUAUAUCUAGAAGACUAUGACAACUGCAAUUCGCAAAAAGAAGUUGAGGCAUAUUUGGAGUCGCAACGAUUGCACAAGUUGAGAUUUUUGAAAGAAGUCAAGGACCGUGGAUUGGUUUUGAAAAGAAAGAAAAGUUAUCAGAAUGGGGUUGAUGAGCCAAGCUUAUCACAAAAUACAUUUAUGAACUAUUAA